GAAGUCAGAACACCGGCCGCGGCCAGUCACAACUAAAUGGCCGCAUAGUGUACUUGUGCGGUUGUGAAUACUGAGUAAAUAUUCGUCUUACUUUCGCGCGUGUACACUAACUACGUGAAAGUUAUCAACCCGGAUGAAAUCGUCGUGAUGAGAUUCGAAUAAAUCCGUGUCCAGUGGAUUACAUGCGGUUUGAACUCGAAUGAACAUAUUAAUCUAGAAGACUUGGUGGAAUUCAAAGAUUUAUAAACUUUGAAUUUUAAAUUAGUGUUUAUGAAUCUGUGAUUUAGAAUUGGAAUGUAAUAUUAACAUCUACUGUGAAAAUAAUUAAAAAUAAACAAUGACGCCCGGUGUAAAAGAUGGACAGUGCAUGGAACUGAGUAACAACAACGUUACUCCUUUGCUACCAAGGACGUCGGUUUGUUUGGAGUUUAAGAACAUAACAUGUUCGAUAAAAACUUUCUCCCUCAGCAAAUUCCAGUUAGAAACUAGGAAUAUUUUAAAUGGUGUAAAUGGAUGCUUUAAACCGGGACAACUCACGGCCAUCAUGGGUCCGUCCGGUGCUGGGAAAACGACUCUGCUAAAUAUUCUAGCCGGCUAUUCAACGAAAGGAGCGAAGGGCGAGAUAAUAGUGAACGGCGUGUGUACAUGCGCGUCGCAGUCCACCGGACGGGGAGGCGCGAGAUAUAUCCGCCAGCACGAUGAUCUCCGCGUACACCUUACCGUUUACGAAUCCAUGUCUCUCGCCGCUGCACUUAAACUGGCCGAUUUCAAGCCACGAGAACGCAAAGAGAAAGUAUUGGAAGUCUUGGCGCUUUUGGGUCUCAGUAAAACUUCUCGGACACUUUGCAGAGAUCUAUCCGGCGGUCAAAAAAGAAGGCUAGCUGUUGCUCUUGAGCUAUUAUCAGACCCAUCAUUACUAUUUCUCGAUGAACCAACUACCGGAUUAGAUUCUUCAGCGUCGACAUCUCUCAUUGCCCUUCUCAACGGCUUAGCACGUGGAGGUCGAACUCUAGUGGCCACCAUACAUCAACCCUCUGCACUCCUUUUCGAUAAGAUUGACUCUAUCUACUGCUUAACAUCUGGAAGUACGCUCUACUCUGGACCACGAGUUCACCUCAUUCCAUCUCUGGACAGCGCUGGUUUAAGAUGUCCGCCAUAUCAUAACCCAGCUGAUUUCUUGAUGGAAGUAGCCUCUGGAGAAUAUGACGUUGACUUAAACAAAGCCGCUAAAGCGAUGCUUCAGUACAAGCCUGAAUCUACCUCUAGGGAAUGGGAAGAUGUGCCAGUUAUAUCAACGUUCUCUAAUACACUCAGUAUAGAUACCGAAAUGAAAGACAAACAACUGCGAAGCAACAAGAAAUAUCAAAAGAACUAUUCGAAUAGACCAUCUGGAUACUUGAAACAAACGUGGAUCCUGCUUUACAGGAAUUAUUUAAUAACGACGAGAAAUUACUCUCUAUUCCUGUAUCGAGUGGCAGCUCAUGUCGUGAUCGCCCUGAUAUUUGGAUAUUUGUACUCGGGGGUUGGCAGCGAGGCUAGCAGCGUUCUUGGAAAUUACGUCUACUUAUACGGUUCGAUGUUGCUCGUGGUUUAUACGGGAAAAAUGUCUGUCACAUUGUCGUUUCCUCUGGAAAUGGAUAUAUUAAAAGGCGAAUACUUUAAUCGAUGGUAUAGUUUAGGACCUUACAUAUUUUCAAUAUUAGCCGUGGAGUUACCAUUUCAGAUGAUAUCAUGUGUUUCGUACGUCGUCUUGUCAUACUGGCUAACUGACAACCCGCUCGAAUCAACACGAGCGACACUAUUUCUUGCCACAAUAGUUGCCACUUCGCUCUGCGCUCAAGCAUGGGGUUAUUUUAUUGGAUCUACAACACCUACAAAGAUUGCUGUUUUCAUAGGCCCAGUACUUGCCUGUCUAUUUUCCAUAUUUGGUUUCUGCUUAUCGUUAAGGGACACACCAUACUCGUUCCGAUGGCUCCACCAUAUCUCUUACUUCAGAGCCGGCUUCCACGUCGCUGUGCACUCCAUAUACGGAUUUAAUAGAACGAAAAUGCACUGCGCUAAAGAAUAUUGCCACUAUAUAACGCCAAGCAAAUUCCUCGUUGAAAUGGAUAUGGCUACCAUAGAUGUUGGUGUUAAUAUGGCCAUCGUGCUAACAACAACAGUUUUGAUGCACAUAUUAACCUGUACGACGCUCUGGUAUCGACUCAACAAAAGAUGAAGUCAACAGCUCGUGACGGAUUCGACUUGACUUAUAAUUUAAUUUAUGCUUAGAUAAUAAUUAAAAUGUGAUAAACUUAAAUAUUAUAUGGGAUAAAUACCUCAAAUAUUUUUAAGUCCUUGGCUUGUGGUAGUUUAGAAAUAGCUUAUUGGACAAAUAUAGAGAUGCAAAAAAUCCUGGUGAUAAAAUUAUCAUUUUAGUAAAUAGGAAUAUAAAAUUUGAUAUUUUAUGACUUGCGUAUGUUAUGCUACAACCCUUUUUAAUGUAGAAUAUGUGUGAUAAAAUAAGAAACCAAUUAAAGGCAUAUGUUAAUAUACUUUUUCAGAGAUAAUUCAACGAAAAUUCUUUAAAAAAAUUUGAUGAAAAUUUAUUUAAUGCGUAGAAUUUUACACCAAAGUAAAUAGAGCUGGUGUGAACGGGAAAUAGAUUUA